UCUUGUUCCUAUCGCCAUAAUAAAAGAGAGAGGGAGAGAGAGAGAAACGGCAGCAGUAGCAGAAAGACGAAGUCGAAGACAAUCUGCUGUGCGUUCAUCGUCACAACCUGGCCUGGUUCAUCUUCCCUCUCUCCGAUUUGCUGCUGCUGUUGUUCUUCUUCUUCAUGUUUUCCUGCUAUAAAUCGAAAAACCCUAGCAAAUAGGGGGUUGGGGGAGGGGACAAGGAGGGAUGAAAUUGUCCAAUUUUAAGAGAAUUGGGAAUAUAACUUAAUAACACUUCAAACCCCAGCCAUAACUAAUACGCCGCAAGCCCUCUCGACCAUUUGGGCCCACCUCCUUACAAGGGCAUAACUAAUCCCCUUGCCCAUCCAGCAUCCAAUUGGGCCAAUACUAAAAAGAAACCAUUAUACUCGGUGACUUUCAGUCCAAAACAGAACACAUUUCAGUGUCAACUAUUCAUUUCCUCAGCUGAAAACCCAUUUUAGUCCAAAACAAAAAAAAACACACAUACCCCGAUCUCUCUCUCUACACCCCUCUCUAUCUCCGCACACUCCAAUAUCGGUGAUCAAAACCCACACCGAUCUGAGUUAUGUAGUGGGGCUUGUUCGGAUUCGCCGAACAAAUUCGCAGUGGGGCUUGUUCUGAUUCGCGGAUCUAAGUUAUGCAGUGGGCUUGCCCGUCUCCUCUCCAAACAAAUUCGCCGGAGCUUGUUCUGAUUUUCCGGAGCAUGCUAGAUGGCGUGGCUCAUAAUUAUUGUUUCAGUUUUUGUGAUGUGGAUUUCUACAUUGUGCAAGAUUCUCCACACAGCUCGCUCAUCUUCUAAGGCUGCAUUUUUAAGUGGAUCUUUUCACCAGAGAAACGUCUUACUGGUUAUUGCCCAUCCUGAUGAUGAGUCCAUGUUUUUUACUCCUACAAUAAACUACCUCACUUCCAGGGGGCAUAGUGUACACAUAAUUUGCAUGUCAACGGGCAAUGCAAAUGGAAUGGGAAACAUUAGGAAAGAAGAGCUAUAUCAGGCUUCUGCAGUGCUUAAGAUUCCAGUCCAACAAGUGAAAAUCCUGGACCAUCCAGAUUUUCAGGAUGGUUUUGGCAAAGUAUGGAACUGUGAAUUAUUGGCAAGUAUAAUUGAUGAGGAAAUUCGUAGUCACGCCAUUGAUUUGAUAAUUACUUUUGAUAACUAUGGUGUUUCGGGUCACUGUAAUCAUCGUGAAGUGAAUCUUGGGAUGCGCAGCAAACUCUUGCAUGAAACUGCAGAAAGAGAUAUUGAAGCUUGGGAACUAAUCAGUAACAAUAUAUUACGGAAGUAUAGUGGACCUGUUGAUAUCUGUUUGUCCCUUGUUUAUGUCACAAUGUAUCAAAAUGGAGAGUUGCAUUGUCUGCUGAAUGAACGUCCAAAUAGAAGCUAUAAUGCAAUGGCCCAACACAGGAGCCAGUGGAUUUGGUUUCGCAAGCUUUUUGUGGUGUUUUCGAGUUAUACUUACGUGAAUACUCUGAAGAAGAUCAACUAGUAUACACUGCAUGUGUUCAUUCUUUGUUAGCAUUUUUCGAGCUUUCUCCAGUAGCUCAAUGUGAAAACAGAUGGCUUCUUGUUUUAUUGCCAUCAGAAGUUCCAUUCAUAUUUGACGAUGUACCCUUUUCCUCUUUAUCAAUGCAAUAGAAAAUAUGGAAGAUGGAAAUUGAAAAUCA